UCUGGACUCACUGAUCCAGUGACGCUUGGACCUGCAUUCAGAUUCUCUCGGAUACCUCUUGGCUGUCUACUGGCGUAUCGAAAAUGUUCUCCACCAUCAACAUCGGUGCCAUUCUCGUGUGUGUUUUCGCAACCUGUGCACAUGGAGAAAGCAAGUACACAAGUCUGUGCUCCGGCAACACAGAGGAGAUGAAACUCGUCGUCGUCCCCAACGAGGGGUGCAUACUAUUCGUGACGUGUAGAAAGGAGGAAGUCCACGGCCCUCUCCAGUGUCCCCCCAAGACGCUGUUCAGCGCGGAGCUCAUGUACUGCGACGACGCCAACAAUGUGACAUGUGCCGAUGUGUCAGACAGACUCCUGGACACGCCAAAGUGCCAAAUGAAAGCUGUUGCGGGCAGCUGCAACAACUUCACGCAAUGUGCUCACGGCAAGGUCUUGAACAUGAACUGCGGCGAGGGCUUGAUGUUCUCCAACUCCAAGCUGGUGUGCGACAACCCAUGGGAUCUGAUCCCGGAAGAGAAAGAAUACUGUAAUGUCGACGUCUAGAGACCGCUGUGCCAUUGGCGGUGUACACUAUACAAAUGUCAAACGUUGGAGCAAAAUGAUACAAGCUGAUUGGCAAAGACUCGUUCUUGAUAAAAAAAAAAUUGUGAUUUCAUUUGUCAUACUGAAUCACUACUUCCCAAGAUUCCCAUUUGUAUCCAGAAACUACAAUGUGCCACUGAGAGCAUGAAUAAACUAUGAGAAACGA